AUGCUGUGCGGCUUUCAGCAGGCGGAGCGUGAGGAAUAUUUCCGCCAGGCUCAUUCUGAUACCUCUGAUAGACGGUAUUCGACAGCACCGGCAUUCACGAUUCCUGUUGUGCAUAUCUCGAAUUAUUGGCACACUUUUUUUAUUGGUCGCUGAGGCGCAGGCGAAAGGCCUGGUGUUCCGGAGGGUGGGGGGGCUUCUGUCCUUCCCUUGAGCAAGCGCGGACUUGCGUGUGUGGACAGGGGGGGCAAGGGGCAGGCAAAUGUAUUUCGUGUUACACCUCUUGUGCGCGAGUAGCACCCGGAAACCAAGGGCCUUGCUUCGCACGAUUGUAAAUGUUCGGGCAUAGAACCGUUGAAGGUAGUGAAGCUACGGUUCUUUGUCGGGGUGUGGGUUUCGACUGACACAAUCGGUGUUACAGCAGGUUCAACAAGACGUGGCCCACGCCCUCCGCAAGCUCUAUUCAUUUCCCCAAACGUUUGUUCAUGUCUCCGUUGUAUACUUGUAUUUAAAAAGUGUCUGCAUAGCAGUAAAAAAUAUGCAUGCACUCUGUGUUGUGGUAUGUAUGCAUGCAUGCGUAUGUAUGUAGUAAGUGCUACGUGUCGCCGGCGUGGCUUGCGUCUGCGCUAUCGCUUGGCACUACGAGUUUUGUACUCCCCUUGUUUGCCGGUGUUAAUAAACCAAGUCGAGUGGCAAUAGGUGCGGAUAUCAGGCCAACAAUUAACACCGCUGUCUGGCAAAAGAAUACCGGUAGCAAGAUAAAGAGCAACUGGAUUAUGAGUCUCAACGUGGAGUAGAUAGUAGGCAGACGUUGGUGGGUGGGGUUUGUGCUCAUGUAAACGCAAAUGGCGUAAUCGUUGGGCCAUUCACCUGGCACCCGUACAUUGCCGGGACGGAGCGAUAUGACGACGCCGCGGACGGUGGUGGUGGAGGUGUUCUGGC